AUGGGAAAGUCGGAGCAAUCUAGUUCGGGAACUACGAAAUUAGUGUGGACUAGAGGCAGAGAUGGUACUGUUGCGGGUCGGGCCAUUGAUAGAGCCGAUGCUCGUGCUCGAACGGCUGCUGAUGAGGCUGGUACCUCAAUGUUACGUGCUGGACGCGUUCCUCCGACCGGUUCUAACCGGAAACGGAGGGCUAAGCAGGCGGGUAGGGGGUUCUGCGCACCUCGCCGCCGGGGUGGUAGAGCAUCCACUGCUAUGGACGAGCAGGUGGUUCAUGAUGAGGUUUUUGAGGUUGAGGCGGUGGCUGUUGUUCGGGAGUCGGUGGCUGUUGUUGAGAAGCCGAUGUCUAUUGCUGAGGAGGAGGUUGAUGUUGCUGAGGAGCAUGUGCCUGGAGUUAAGGAGAGGGUGGUUGUGGUUGAGGAGGGGGUUGCUAAGGAGCGGGUGGUGCAUGAUACAGACACCACCACAAGUGCAUCUACGGAGCCAUCAGUACACACUAAUGGAGCUUUUCCAGGAGGACCUUCUAACAAGUCCGUUUUGACAGAAUAUGCUGACCAUGUCGCUUAUAGGAUAUGGCAGGGCGAGGAGCGUCCAAUGCUGAAGCUCACUUCUCAUGGGUCGAAGUUGAAGAACUUCUCCGAGAGAUCGAUGCUUGAGCAGGUGGCGAGGAUAGUUCGGGACUUCCAUUUGAUGGACUUUGCUGGAUGCUCCCUGACGAUGUUGGUCGUCCCUCUAUUAUCAGCUUUUGUUGAGAGAUGGCACCUGGAGACAUCAUCCUUCCCAUCUUCCAUCCGGGGAGAUGACGGUGACUCUAUAUGA